UACGCGAUUGGCUCCCCGUUUUAAAUUAAAAGCGACCAAUGAAGAGGUGAAAUUCUGUUACCGUGGCAACGCUUGGAUGACGUAUAAGGCGAGCCGUGACGGAAAGACAUCCAGUUGAUCACCUGAUUCCGUACUGUAAAGAUGGAAGUUAGUUUCUGCACAUCGAGAGAGAAAUUGCAAGAUAUAACCGUCGUCCUUUUCGAUUUAGAUGGAACACUAAUCGAUACCAAAGGAGCCGAUCGCGAAGCGUGCUAUCAGGUCAGUCGUUAUUUGGAAAUUCAAGGCAUUAAAAAGAACUUAGCUCGUGAAAUCACAGACAAGUUUUACGAUUACAUAAGAGCUAGACCUCAGGAUCCUGUUAAGAAUAGAUGGGACGUGGACACGUGGAGAACCAUGAUAUGGGCCGAAGCUUUAGGUCCUAAAUUGAAGCGUUACGCGGCUAAUUGCUAUAACAUAUGGAAACAAGAUCGCUUGGAAUACAUUAAUCUAACCGACGAUGUCGUAAAUAUGUUAGUAGAGCUUAGAAACAGAUACAAAUUAGGUCUGAUUACUAAUGGACCAUCGAACGCACAGUGGGAAAAAAUAAAGCGUAUAGAAGGACAAAAGUACUUUGAUAUUAUUAUUGUAAGUGACGAUUGGGAUGUAGAAAAACCCGAUCCGGCUAUCUUCGAAAUUGCUUUCCGAAAUCUCGACGUAUCCCCCAAAGAAUGCAUUAUGGUCGGGGACAAGCUAUCGACUGAUGUGGAGGGUGGAAUCUGUGCCGGAGUAGGUGCUACUAUCUGGUGUUCUACCAAAGAUCCCUGGGAUACGCCGGAACCGAAACCAGACUUUAUCGUAGCGGAUGUAUCCGAAAUUAUGGACCUUCUGCCGAAAGUACGUCGUAAAUCUUUAAGGUCGUCGAGAGGUAACCUUUUGUUUCCUUUAUCGACCGAUUCGGUGAAAUUUGGUAACUCCUCGCCUCUAUUAGGAUGGAGAGGUUAAGUUUUCGAAGGAAAAAAAUCGUUUACUUUUAGUUAGCUUUGUGCCCAUGGCCUUCCAGAUAAUUUAUUUAAGCACGUCCUAAAACAAUUAUUAGCCAGUGCCUCCUAAAAGUCUUCCAAAAUAAAAGGAUAGACUGUUGUUAUUAUUAAUCAUUCGAAUUGGCCCUGUGAUCGGUAAGCUAUCGUAAUUUUAAACGCGUAAAUAUGUAAAAGGGGACCAAUAAAGCCGAAAACGGCAUUGUCAUUACCCCUUAUAUUAUAUGCGAAAAAAACCACUAUAUCUAGUCCACCUGUAAUUAUCGGAAUGGACUAUAUAUAUAUAUUUAUUGCUUACAAAUGUAUAGUGUAUAAAAUAUUGUUGUAUUUGUAAAUGAAUGUGGCUUGUUGCUUUAAACUUUCCACUGUAAUUUUAUUUUGUAUCCUCCAUUCAUCAAAUCAAUAAAGAACAUCUUUGGUAUUUUGAUAUUUAACAUAAA